CACAGUAACAACAGUAGAGACUGGCCCACUAUCUCAUAUAUGAGGCACGUAUACCUGUUCCAAAUGGGGGAUCAUAUUAUGAAGCGUUAUACUUACUGUAGUUGGUGGAUGCGGACAGACUGACCAUUGCUGUAGCCACCACAAUGACCGCCGUGGGGCUCAUGUUCAUUGGUCAGCGAGGCUUUGCUUCUGAAACUAAUGUUUUUCCUGUUCUUGAGAAACAGAUGAGGCUGAAUGCAAACAGAAGGGAGAUCAGCAUGGGGCGCUAAGACCUUUAUGCUGUGGUCAGGAACUGACUUGUUCAUCUUGGUAAAGAAAAGUUUUUACAUGUGUCUGUGGAAACUCCCGGUGUGCUGCUGUCUCUCUUAUUGCAGCUAGUAAAGGUAAUUCCAAUUAGGGGGUCUGAUUUUCAUGUGUUUGUUAUUGUUUCCGGGUAAAAAAACAACAACAACUUGGAAUAGUGUGGUGAAAAUCACUUCCCUUUAAGGUGUCAUUGCUUGGUUUAAAUAGCGCCACCUAGUGGACGAGUCAAAUGUGAAUUUUAGUACAGUCCAGGCAGCAUAUAUGAUUGCGCUGACCUUUGUGUUUCUUUAGAAUCCCGUUGAUGAAUGGCUCUGACUGUUUUUAUUUCAUGUGAUAAAAAAAAAAAAUCUUAGUACCGGUUUUUAUUUAAUUUCAAUAAAAAAAGAAUAUGCAGAAAAUAUAUGAUUAUUUUUUGACAUUGCGUGUAAUAUAUCCUUAUAUGCCCAUUCUUACAUUCCCUGCAUUAUGAAAAUGCUGAAAUAUGAAUUAACGUACUACAUUAACAUUUGUAUGUACACAAUUGUAUCUAUAAAAUCCAGUAAAUUACAUUAAGAAUUCAUAAUCUUUCAUAUUUGAAAACAUUCCCCUUUUUAAUGUAAAACAUGUUUACAAACAAUUGCAUAUGAAAAUACAUGAUGAUAUAUUUAUUACAUUUUUAAAAAAAAUAAUGGAUGUGCAAAGUGCCAUUUUUAACUAUUACAAGAAAAUAAUUUUCUUAAAUGUGUCUCGAAUAUGCACAUCAUAAGCAGCCCUAAAGUGGAUAAAGACUUACCUUAGCUUGUAAAAGGAUAGGUCUGCCUCUCUCCCUCCUGUCUCUCCCUAUGAAAUGUCAGCUCAUCUGUGACAAAUGGAGAAUCUAGUCUAUUGCAACUCUAUCAGCUAACAGCUCAAUGCAAAGGCUCUCCUGUUGCUAAGACGUUACCAGUUCUCUGCCUGCCUGGAUAUCUGUGUCUUUUGGUAUGAUGUCACUGGAGCUCUAAGCUCUCAAUUUAGAAAUGCUUUGUGCUCUGGUGUGCAAUUUGCAAACUGUACUUUCUUGAGCUCCUAUAAGUUGGGUUUCACUACAAGCUGUGUCUCUCAUCCAAAAAGAUAAGGGAUAAAGUGGCUUCACUCCAAUCAAGACUUUAGUAAAACGAUAAAGGCCUGGAGAAUGCUGCAGUGCGUGGUUAUGACCCUUGUACUGUUCUGUGCCCCGUGUUCUGUGGCAGUCUGUACACGAAGCAGGCUGUGAAGUGCGCUGACCGCAGGUAUUUUUAUUUUGCUCUAGUACAGCAUGGGUCUUGUCUUUUGAAAACAAUAAAAAAAAUACUGGUGGUCUAGAUGGCACUGGCUCUGGCUGCUGUGUUUUUGUUUAGUCUAGCCCUUAUUAACUGUCUAGUAGUUGUUUUUCCGUUGUAUCAAGCAUUGUUUUGUACUCACAUUUUGUCUUUAAAACAUUUAAGCUAAAGUUUGUUCUCUUUCAGGCACAGUAGACAGAGGAAGACCAGUGGGAAAUCGUUACAAGCGCAGCAAAUAAAGACUUUUUAGUUUUUUGUUUGUUAGUUUUGUACCUCAGCUACGCUGGAUGCAUGCAAACUAUCUAAUCCUUUUACAGAUUUCCCCAAAUGUAGCACAUGUUGAGUAAGUGUAUCGACUCCACUGUUACAGGCAAGGCCAGAGCAUGGCUGCAGUAUUUCAUUCUGAAGAAGCUGUUGUAAUGAGAUCUUCUGGGUUUGCAUUGCCUGGCUGACCAUUUCAUUGCAAAGUCAACUGGCAUUCACCCUAUAGAAUUAACUCAUUUUGCUUUAUAAAGUCAAAUGUUGCGUUAACAUAUUGAAUUGCAUAUUGCUUUGUAGUUUUCCAUAUACUGUACUACCAUUAUGACUUCUGGUAGUAGAUAUCAUUUUGUAGUUUCUUUGAUUACAUGAUGUUAAAUAAAAGAUCAAAAUUAUGUUCAUAGAGUUUUUUUUUUUUUAAGUUGUCUCAAUUCUAAAAUUCUAGGUGAUGCAAAACUUUUGGCCAGAGCUGUAUAUGUAGGAAAGGAAACGUCCCUUUAUCUUCGGCGCCGCUUGACCCAAAGUCAGACCAAAGCCCAGCAUCCGGGGAUAGGAACGGGUUUUGAAGCUCAAAUGUACAUCCUUUGAUCUGAGCUGCACAAUCAAUGUGAAAAUGGGCGAUUGUCAGAAACAGCCACAACAAGAGAGACUUCAAAGACAACAGACUUAAUCCACAAAGGAAAACUAUUGCAGUGUCUACCACUAGGAGUUUAGCAGGGAUAUACUUUGAUAAAUUAGGAUUAAUUAUGAGAUGCAGUACACAGCCACUUCAAGUGCAAAUCUACAAAGGCACUGUAUACAUGACUACGAUUUCACAACCAUGAAAUCUUUGGGGGGAAAUAAAUAAGAUUUUUAUCUAUAUGUACAUCCAAUACAUGUGCCCGUUAAAAUGUACUGUUUUCUAAAACAUACUGUAGAUACAUUUUAUUAAGAUUAAUUAACAUAAGCAACAUCUGAUAACUUUGCUGAAGUUGCAUUUACAGUGAUCACAGUGGAAAGUUUAAAACCACCCUUUGUUAUUGAAUUUUAACCCACGUGUAUCAUUAUUCUGUAACUAUGUGGCUCGCAAAAUCCGCUACUUUCAUCCUUCUAACUUCUAAGCAGUCCUCCUUAGACUCUUUUAGACAGACGAGGAAAGAUCCGAGCAACUCGCCCAAAUCACUGCUGCAUAUUAUUUUCAAUACCCUGAAAGGACCAGCAAGUACACUACCUAUUUUUACAACUUUUGCAACUAAAUAGCUGUCUACUCUGCAAUAUGGAUCUUAAAAGAUAGAAACAGCAUGCUACCUGCAGAACAAAAAGCUGGUUCUCAUCUAUAAUAGUGCUGCAAGAUUUAUACAGAAUGCAGAUUACAAGGAAGGUACCCCAUCCUCAAGGAUUAUAUCCUGGUUAAAUAAACACAUUUGACAUUUGAAAAAAAUUGUCCUUACAAGUUUAAGAUAUUUAGUCAGUUGUUUUUUGGUUUUUUUUGCUGCAAGGCUUCAAUAAUCUUAAGCACUGGCCGGUUAUCUAAACUUUAUUCCUAAACUCUCAAGUAGGACAGCGUGAAAUGAAAAGCCAUUUGUUGCUGCGUUGAAUAAACAAAAGGAGGAUCGUUUUCUUUAACCCUGAACCCCAGCUGCUGCUGUUUACAUUGGCCUGAAUAGCUUUCGUUUCAAGUCCAGGUGCCAAAUACUUUAUCUCCCACAUGAAAGAUGAUUAAUGCAAUGAUUGCUGUGCCAAAGUGCCUUGACCCCCUUAAAACCGCCAGCGCUUAAGCUGCUUAAGCAGUUAAUUAAGUUGAAGUGGGACUGUAAGCAAACAGAGUCAGGAGAAUUCCCAGCCCAGGUGAGAACUUGAUUCUUGGAGAUUCCCUUUGAAGUGCAGCCCCCCUCCGAAACUCGAUUAACCCUUUGGCUUUGAAUCCCGCUGGUGUUUAUCAGGCUUAUCCAGUGGCAUUUUGUGAGGAAUAUACAAGCCCAAGCAAGGCUGGACAUAAAUAUCAGCAGCACUCAGGAGCUUUGCAAUCACAGCGCAGCAUCACUGGAACAUGAGGAGCCUAGCAGUGAAGAUGCUCUCUCCCUGCCUUGUCAUUGCACUUUCCUUCAGCCUUGCCUUUGCUGCGGUGCUCAACAGGCAAGGGGACCGGAGGAAUCUCUUCACUGACAGAGGCUGCUGUAAGAGACACAGCCACUUCAUUUAUGUGGGCCAAGAUAUCUCCGGCAGUCCUGUGAGUGUGGAUGUCGGGGUGUGCAGGUCACACUGUGGGGGCUCCCAGAGAAACCACGCCCCCUAUGGGUCAGGAUAUUCAGGAUACUCCAAACACACAUCUAUGCUGGAUUUCCUCAGGACCAAGAAGCUGCGUGAACGCCCUGCCCCCGAGCUGUCCGCGGCUGCCGGUCUGGAGCCGUCCUGCCCGGCGGGGUCUGUGUGCGAGCCGACAGCAGUGCGAGUGGAGCGCGUCCUGCUGUUCGAGGGGCUGCGGGAGGUGGAGGUGAUUGAUGAGUGCCGGUGCGAGGCGAGCCCUGUGCAGUGCGUCCGCAUGCCAGCUCUCAAGACCUUCUUCUUUGAGACGCCCUAUGAAACCGUCAUCGACACGGGCAAGUGCUCUAGCCCUGCCGUAACCACAGACGGCUUCUCGUGUGUCCCCACGAAGUUCCAGUCCGUGCUGGUGGAAACCCCCAACAAGGUGGAGCUGGUGCAGGCAGUGGAGACGUGUGAGCUGAAGGAGAGGUGCUACAGGGUGCCCUAUCUGGAAUAUUACUACGAGACUGUCUACAGCGCCAACGGAGUCAAGGAAGAGAAGCUCAAGGAAAUUGACGUGGGCAGAUGCUUGGGAGCCUGUUCCCCAGGAAAUCGCUGCCUGCUCAGGGAUUCCCGUCACAGUGAUCAGUGUCUGGUGUGGGCGGAGGGAUCUUCCAGCUCCUGCUCGCCGCAGGAAUACGAGAGCUACACUUUCCGCAGUCGGAAUGGCCUCAUCCGCACCGUGCUGGCCAUCAGCUCCUGCAAGUGCCAGUCAUGAAGACAUCCACCCGCUCGGGGGGUUACAGCACAGCCUUCACCAGGACUCCUGCAGCAGCCGCUCAAGCACAUAGACAGCAACCAGAGAAGAAACUGCUGCCACUCAAUUCUAAAGACUUUUAAGAACCAUGCACACACGACACUGGCCUGUAUAUACAUGUGAUGUGUGGGAAUGUGUAGGGGGGGUUCAUCUUCAAAACGCUGUAGGAAUCAUGAUUGCAGUCAAGGUGAACUGGAACAGCUUGGAUGAAGGCGUGGAUUGUUGUAUGCUCUGUACAGGUGAUCCAUCAAAACGGGUUUUCGAGUGUAACUCAAACUCCUUUCAUACGUGUAUGCUGGGUAUAUAUGUCAAGGGGAGCAGAGAACUGCAACGUGACGUAUUACAUGGCAAGAAACGCUGAAAUUGGCUUUUUGAAUAAGGUGCACGUUUAUGUUCAGCCCACCAGGUGGUGCUGUGCUGCAGUUAAUUUUGGAAUUGGGUGCUGUACCCGUCUGUUAAAAUAUGAUUCGGUAAACUUCACUGACGCCGGGUGCCGUGGAUCUGGUGCACGCAUUUCCUCGGUUGUGCCUCUGUAAUAAUAAAUAAUACUGACAAAACUAUUUAAAGUACAGUUUUGGGCAGAAACAUUGAAUACAAUUUCAAGAGACGAUCAGAUUUCAGUAAUGUAGCCUAAAUCAGUUACACGCAGCGUAAGGACGUGCUUUCCCCGAACUAGAAGAAUCUAGUUGUAUAAUAUGUAUAAUAUGGUGAAAAAGUAAAAAGCAAUAUUUUGUAAAUAAAAUGUAUUUGAAAAUGGAAUGACGUCUCCGUGAUGGAAUUUAGAAUGUGUGAGUUAUUGCGUUUUCGAUUGCUAGGUUUUGACGAGAAUAAGGGUUAUUCCUGAUGUGAUAAACAUGUCUGAAAAACGACAUUUACAAAAUGUACACUCUAUAAUAUUCUAGUGGCGUCUCUAAUAAAUAAGAGACAUAGGGCUUGAUUGUUAAAGCUAUGCCAAAGUUUUAUUAGGAGGAAAAACAACGUAAGGCUGAAGCGCCAAAGUCUGAGGGGUGUGUUUCUGCUUGAGUAGCUUUAUAGGGAGGUUUUCCCCAUUCUGCGACUUCUAAUUCUUUGUCUGUUUGUGAAUGAAUAUGUAACAACACCAAAAGAGACGUUUACAAUUCUAUAAGAAAUGUUUCGACUGGUAAUCUUUCUCAGUUUCUUCAAUGUUAAUGCAUUCUAAGUGAAUGUUUUAUUAGUGAAGGGAUCUUCCACAGCAAACUACAGUGCACUUUACUGUCAAAAUAUCCAAACAGAGAACUAACCUAGAAAUGCAACUUAUUUUUAAUAAGAACAUACACAUAAGAAAGUUUACAAACGAGAGGAGGCCAUUCAGCCCAUCUUGCUCGUUUGGUUGUUAGUAGCUUAUUGAUCCCAGAAUCUCAUCAAACAGCUUGUUGAAUGAUCCCACGGUGUCAGCUUCAACAACAUUACUGGAAUUAAUGAUGAACAUUAAUGAUGAAGCACUGUACACUGCCGCUUUACCAUUAAAUAAAAUCGUCCCAAAAUGUUCAGUAUUCAUAAAAAAAUAUUCGGGACAGAUUUACUGAGAGCAGAGCAGACUCCGGCAAUGUUGGGUGGGAUAAAAACACAGGGUGCCGGAUCACGGUGUCUGUUUUGCUGGUACCGAAUCUGUUUUUAUUAACGAAUUUGAAAAAUAAAUAAAUAAAUAAUAAUAAAAGAAUACGAUCUCAAAGGGAGUUUUCUCUUCGUGAUAUAUAGGUUUGAA